UCCAUUAUUUCACUUCAACAUCAUCAAGCAAGGAAUCAACAUCUCCAAGUUUCUCUAGGAAUCACGUGAUUUUAAACAGUGCUAUCAACCCAAGUAUCAAUCUCUUAACAUUUGAAAGCUCACUGAGAAGUAGUAACGGGAAACUUCUAUCUUUUGAAUUUCUUCCAAAUUGUUGCACUAAAAUGGUGACUGAAAUCAACGAUAGUAAGCUGGAAUACGAAAACCAACACCUGGACGAGAGCAGCUCGGACGAAUGUGACCCCUGUCCGACGGGUACCCUCUCGUCCAAGUUCGACCGGACAGAUUCUUCAAUUAAUACGAAUCCGCUCCCGCAUGGGAGGUACACGUUGAUUGGCAUCGACAUUGAUACGACUGGUCGUAGACUGAUCGAUGAGAUUGUCCAGGUCUCCGCCUACACACCGGAGCAUCAGUACUCGCAAUACAUUAUGCCACUGAUGAACCUAAAUCCGGCUGCACGUCAGCGCCACCAGGUUCGCGUUAUAACGGUCGGUUUCUUCCGGAUGCUGAAAAGCAUGCAGACCUACAGGGUAGUUAAAACCAAGACGGAGGUGUCUGCUCUCAACGAAUUCAUCAGUUGGUUGGAGGAGAGAUACCGCGAAGACGAAGGGUCCGAUGGCAUCGUGCUAAUCUACCACGAGCAGCGAAAAUUCGUGCCGUACAUGGUAAUUGAGGCAUUGAAGAAGUAUAACCUGUUGGAUCGGUUUGCCGCUACGGUCAAAUCGUUUGCCAAUGGGUUCAAGCUAGCCGAGGAAAAAUGCUCCAAAACUAUCAAAUACUUCUCGAUUCGACAACUGGCCAAACUGGUACUGGACGAGAGCGAAGCGAAGGACGGUUUCGAGGGCAACGCGGCCUAUCGGGCUCGGUUGGCGUACCAGCUGGCGCGACAACUGUCCAAGGACGACACAAAAGUUCAGAAUGCAGAUAAUUCUCAGGAACCAUUGGAGCCACACUCUAACGAGCCUAAAUCCGACAACGAAACGGAGAAUCAAACAGAUGAGGCCGAUUACACAGAGGAUUCGCAACUACAGAAUACUGCUGGUGAGAGUAAUCCCAGCGAAGCCGACGAGGAUGAUUCGCAACAGUUGCUAAACUCUACCGAUGUGGAUGUCGUCACUGGACAGCUUACGACGGUUCCAGAACCGCAGCCUCGUUCACGACCAACUACCGAAGCGGAGCGGGAAAAGAUGUGCACGGUACUUUGCGACCUGGCUUCGCCAAUUACGUGCGAAAUAACUGAAUUGGACGAACAGGAGAAGAUUCUGCUGCGUCAGAAUUCACUGAGACCAGUGUUUUUGCAGUACUUCAAGACGACCAUCUAUCAUAGAGUUAAGGCUGUGACGUAUCGACGAGUGCUGGCUGAAUAUGGAUACGAUUUCGCAUCCCUGCUGCAGAUCUGGACCGAGCGGGCCCGCCAAGGUCUAGAGCAAGUAAUUGCCAAGAUCACCGAGUUGAAAGACGAUGAGCGUACCGAACUUGUCGAACUGCUCGAUUGUCACUUCGAUCCGGAGAAGCAACAGCUUAAACCGGUGGUGAAGCGAAUCCGCCAUCGCACUUCUAGAGGCCGUCUGUUCUUUGCUAAUAAAGACAGUAACACGUCCAACGUGAACGACGGACACUUUAACAACAACAACCUAAAUGUCGCUAAUAAUAACAACAAGGAAAACCGCAAGCCCAUGGGCGGUCAAGGUGGACGAAACAAUAACAUCGUCAGCAAUGGUAACGGACACAACAAUGAUAAGAAUUUUUCCCAAUCGGCAUCGCCGCCAAACGAGGGCAAGAAAUUUCGUCAGCGCAACACGCAAAGACGCCGCCGUAACAAUAACAAUAACACCCAGAACAAACAAGGCGGCCAAAAAUUCAACCAACCGCCGCAGAUCAUUCAGGCGAGCGCUUGAAUGUGUAUUCUGAGGAUGGUUUUUGAUAAUUUCGCAACGGAUACAGAAACAAUACGUACACAUGUUUAAACGGAGAGAGGAUUUACCUGGAUUAGAUUUGUUUAGACUUGCAAUAAGUGCUAAAUUUUGUUACUAUGGAAGUGAGAUAAAAAUACAGAAGUAUGAAGGAGAGUUCAGGUAUCUAACGCAAAAAUUGAUCAAAAGCCUCGUUGAAGAUGCGAGAAGGUUUCUAUAUUAUUUUUUGUACAGUUGGCCGAAGAAAAGCUAGAUGUUAGGAGUGAUAUUAGUUGAUAACUAAUCUUAUUUUAAAAUGUCUAUUUUACCAUUAACAUUACAUUAUUGUAAUUGCAGCUUUUUUUUAUUUUCAAUUUGUUGGAGUACUUUUGGUGUCAAUCAAAAACUGCUCUUAAAAUUGCUUUUGGAUUUUUAACAAAAGAAAGAUAGCUGCUUCUCAGGUCACACUUCAAGUUACCCAGGGCAUUUGCAGAGAAAAAUGAGAGAAAGUUGUACCGACGAAAAGAAAGCGUGCACUUUUCAUCGGACAGGUUUUUCAUUUUUUAGCUAAUCAUUUAUAACAGCAAUUUGUCCAACUAAUGGUCACUUCAUGUGAGGCAGGCAGCUAGUCUUUUUGGUCCAGCUAUUACGGCGUAAAGUUUAGGAGAGGAAGACUUAAUAAGAAGAUUGUAAACUUUGAAAUGUAACGGAAUGUGGUCGUGAUGCAGGCGGAGAGGCAGAAGUUUCCACGUUCCACUAUUCCAGAAAAUAUCUACUAUUGCAUUGUAUGAAAGAAGAAAAGAAUCUAGAAUGAUUGUUAAAUGAUUUGAAUUUGUUGCUCUAAGAAAUGCAAGGCCCCGUCGUCUGCGACGUUCUGGGGCCUAGUUUAGUUUAAAAAUAUAUGGCGAAAGCAAAGUA